UUCGGGGGUCCUGGGAUGACUUGGGCCUUUAUGUAUUUUCACCAGGUCUCGUGCACCCAGCUGGAAAACAGCAGCAAACCAACAGCAGAAGAGAUGACUUCCAAGGAUUAUUACUUUGAUUCCUAUGCUCACUUUGGAAUCCAUGAGGAAAUGCUGAAAGAUGAGGUCCGGACACUGACCUACAGAAAUUCCAUGUUUCACAAUCGGCACCUCUUCAAGGACAAAGUGGUCCUGGAUGUUGGCAGUGGCACAGGAAUACUUUGCAUGUUUGCAGCCAAGGCUGGUGCCAAGCGGGUCAUUGGGAUCGAAUGCUCCAGUAUCUCUGAUUAUGCUGUUAAAAUUGUCAAAGCCAACAAACUUGACCAUGUGGUGUCCAUCAUCAAGGGCAAAGUGGAGGAAGUGGAGUUGCCUGUGGAAAAGGUUGACAUCAUCAUCAGUGAAUGGAUGGGCUACUGUCUCUUCUAUGAGUCCAUGCUCAAUACUGUCAUCUAUGCCCGGGAUAAGUGGUUGGAGGUAGACAUCUACACAGUGAAGGUGGAGGAUCUCACCUUCACAUCCCCCUUCUGUCUCCAAGUGAAGCGCAAUGACUACAUCCAUGCCUUGGUCGCCUAUUUCAACAUAGAGUUUACCCGAUGCCACAANAAUAUUUAUCAAAUCCCUUUUUGUCCAAAGCUGUAUUAA